UCCUUCCUCCAUCAGCGCAGACUGUCCCCUGCACGCCUCAGGGCCUGUGGUCACUACUCCCCUGAAUAUGUUCACCCUUUGCUUUCCUGUUCACUUCUGUGCUUCGAAAGUGUCAUCAUCUUUGUGUCUCUCUCAGGAAGUUUUUGGAGCCCAGGACUCUCAUUUCAUCUUUAUUUAAUCUGAACAUGACAGGCAGUGGAUGCAGCAGUGCAUGCUGGGUUCUAGGCUCCCCAGCCUCAGGCCUGUCUGAUUGUCACACAUUCCAGAUGAGCAAGUUGGCCGUAUAUCUGUGUGACCAUUUGCCUAGGUGCAGUGCUGUGUACCUCAUUUUGGUCACAGACCCAUUGCUGGCUCAGCCCACCUGGCUUAUUUGAAGGCGUUUUCUGAAUCCAGGUUAAGAACACGGUCUUGGACUUCAGACAGACCCGCCUUCCAGUGUGGGCUUUGCCACACUGACAGGGACUGUUUUGAAAAAUGGAAAUAAUAUUACAGCCCCUAGAGUUAACAGACAUUCAAUGCAUGUACAAUACUUAGCACGUGAAACAAAGCAUCCAUACAUAUUAUUAGUCUUAAUAGUGCCAUAACCGGGGUAGACCAGUUGCUUCAGAAAACUUGUGGAUUUUGGGCCCAGGAUGGUGAGAAUGACGAUUUGGCCUCCAUUGCUAACUAAGCCGCACUCCUUGACCUGAGGGCCUUUUGGCAUCCCAGCUCUGUCCAGUUCCAGGGUUCUGGUCCAGCCGGCCGGCCAGGACCUUCUUCCCGGGCCCCGGGCUCCGCUGGAAGCCCCAAGGCUGUGAGCGGCGGCCCGCGGAACCUUGUGUGGGCGGAACUCUAAUACAGCGGCGGGCGGCUUCCGGGGGGAACAGCCAGGGCGACGGGUCGGCGGAGGCAGAAAAGUACCGGACGCCGGGCCGAACAUGGACGCUUGACAACCUGCGGGAAGCGCCGGAGGCCGAGCCAGGGACGAAGGGGACCGAAAGGCGGCGCGGACAGACCUCAACGCCAGAGAAUGGCAGGUGAACAAAAACCUUCAAGUAACCUCCUGGAGCAGUUCAUCUUGCUGGCCAAGGGGACCAGUGGUUCAGCCCUCACUGCACUCAUAAGCCAGGUGUUGGAGGCUCCUGGAGUGUAUGUCUUUGGAGAAUUGCUGGAGCUGGCCAAUGUGCAAGAGCUGGCGGAAGGAGCAAAUGCUGCCUAUUUGCAGUUGCUGAACCUGUUUGCCUAUGGAACCUACCCGGAUUACAUAGCCAACAAGGAGAGCCUGCCAGAACUGAGCACAGCUCAGCAGAACAAGCUGAAGCACCUGACCAUCGUGAGCUUGGCGUCGAGAAUGAAGUGUAUUCCCUACUCUGUGCUGCUGAAAGACCUGGAGAUGCGGAAUCUUCGGGAACUAGAAGACCUCAUAAUUGAGGCUGUCUACACUGACAUCAUCCAGGGCAAGCUGGACCAGCGAAACCAGCUGCUAGAAGUGGAUUUCUGCAUUGGCCGUGACAUCCGAAAGAAGGAUAUCAAUAACAUUGUUAAGACCUUACACGAAUGGUGUGAUGGCUGUGAGGCGGUGUUGCUGGGCAUCGAGCAGCAAGUCCUGAGAGCCAACCAGUACAAAGAGAGCCACACGCGGACUCAGCAGCAGGUGGAGGCAGAGGUUACCAACAUCAAGAAGACUCUCAAAGCCACCGCAUCCUCCUCGGCCCAGGAAAUGGAGCAGCAGCUGCCUGAGCGGGAGGGUCCCCCUCAUGCCGAGCAGAGGCAGCCCACCAAGAAGAUGUCCAAAGUGAAAGGCCUGGUCUCCAGCCGCCACUAGGGCUGGCUGGGGCAGCUGGCACUCACCAGGCCUGGUCAGGCGGGCCGGGAACACCGAGGGCCUGCUCCUCCCCUCCUUACCUGCAGUGAGUCCCAGACCUGCCCAUGUCCUCUCCAGCGCCUCCCCACCCUGUCGGUACUGUUCCAGAAGAACCGGGACUCCUCUCCCUGCCCCCUCCCUCCGACUCAGGGGUUCCCGGAUGCCAUUCCUGUGAGCAGAGUGGACGCCGCCUGGCCUCCCUCCAGGAGGUUCUUGUCUCUGCAGAAGAGCUCGGCUCCCUUGCAGCUUUUCUUUUGCUCAUGUUGUUUUGUCAGGCUGGCUAUGGCCGAGUCAGCUUUAACCAGCCCCACAGGAUGGCUGUGGAGGAGGCCCCUCCGCAUGGGGAAGGCACACACCUCCUACAGCCAUAACCCCAUGGCUCCCACUGUGGUGCAGGCCUCCAGAGCCCGAUCCCACGCCUCUUUCCUCCCUGCCUUUCCCUGUUGGCAGCUCCCAGUUCAGGCCAUGGAGGGAUAUGACACUGUGCUGUGUUUACUAAACCUGCGGGUUUUCAGCGCUCUAAACCCAGGUCUGGUUUCCACUUGCUGGGAGUGCUGGAAUCCGGGCACAUGCAGAGGGGCUACAGGUUCUCCCAGCCUGGGGCCCUUACUGGCCGCUCCUCCUGCUGGCUGGCUGCUCCUCGAGCCCUCCAGGCUCUGCUGCUGCCUCCGGGCUGGGCUGCACUGGGGCUGCGGCUGGGCCUUCUGGUGAAGGCCUGGGCUGCCUCUGUUUCUUCCUUUCCACCCGUCCCUGGCUGGUGACCCUGCGCCCCUGAUGAUGCAUUCUCCUGGUGAGAGAACAGGACUGGACUAGACUUGCUGAACUUGAACAGUUUCAGGUUAUAUUUUAAUUUUUUUUGUACAGGUUAUGAUUCUAAUACAUUUCAACAUGCUUUU